AAAAUCCGCACGUGCGAACUUCCCAGUUUCAAAGAUAAGCUCUGAACAUUUCUCACCUCUUUUAUUCAUCUCCUUCACUCCCUGCUUCACUGUAAGUAGAGUAACAAUGGCGGCAACAGCAAUUAGUUUCAAUUUAAUAGGCUCAUUCAAAGGAUUAUCAUUAAGCUCUUCUUCUUCGUUUCUCAAAGGCGAUACAGCCUCUCUCAAUUUUCCUAUUUCAAGAAACUCCGUUUCGUUUCCGUUAAGAAAAGCUCCGUUGCCGUUAACCAUUCAAAUGGCCCACAAGAAAGGAGCUGGUAGUACCAAGAACGGCCGUGAUUCUCCCGGCCAACGUCUCGGCGUUAAGAUUUACGGUGACCAAGUUGCUAAACCCGGUGCUAUUAUUGUUCGCCAGCGCGGCACUAAGUUCCAUCCUGGGAAGAAUGUGGGGCUCGGCAAGGAUCACACCAUUUUCUCAUUGAUUGAUGGACUUGUAAAAUUUGAGAAGUAUGGACCGGACAGGAAAAAGAUAAGUGUUUAUCCACGAGAAAUUCAGCCGGAGAAUCCCAAUAGCUAUCGGGCAAGGAAGAGGGAGAACUUUAGGCUGCAACGGGAACGCAAGAAGGCAAGAAAGGAAGGCUAUGUUGCUCAGCCACAACUAGUACUUGCUUCCAAUGUUGAUGUUUCAGAAAACAACACCACGGCCUGCUGAUCUGAAAGUCAUUCUAAUGUAAAAUUAUUGUUUACUUUAGUGGCAUCUCUUGUUUAUUUUUGAAGCUUCUUAGAUGUGUUCAUUGUUUGUGAAUUAAUAUGCAAGCAAUCUGAAACGAUUUGAUGGACAAA